GGGCGUGACGAAGAAAACACGGAGAUUGCUAUAAAUAGAAGGCAAGUGUGGUGGAGUUGAGCAACAGAAAUAGAUUUUGAUUGAUGGGUUUGAGCAAAAGGUUUACGUCUGGAAGCAGGAGCAAAUGGGUGGGUUUCGUGGCGGCGGGGUGGGUCCAAUGCAUCUCCGGCAACAACUACACUUUCUCCAACUACUCCGACGCUCUUAAAUCCCUCAUGCACCUCACCCAGCUCCAGCUCAACAACCUCUCCGUUGCCAAGGACGUUGGCAAAGCCUUUGGGCUUCUCGCGGGCCUCGCCUCCGACCGCCUCCCCACUUGGGUUAUUCUCCUCAUAGGCUCCGUGGAAGGCCUAGUGGGCUACGGGGGCCAAUGGCUCGUCGUUAGCCAGAGAAUUCAGCCCCUCCCCUACUGGCAGAUGUGCGUGUUUCUGUGCUUGGGAGGCAACAGCACGACGUGGAUGAACACUGCCGUUUUGGUAACUUGCAUAAGAAACUUCCGCAGCAACAGAGGACCCGUUUCGGGCAUUCUCAAAGGCUUCGUAGGGUUGAGCACUGCUAUAUUCACCAAUCUCUGUUCCGCUCUCUUCGCCGAUGACCCUGCCUCCUUUCUAAUCAUGCUCUCCGUGCUUCCCUUCGCGAUUUGCCUCACCGGAAUCUUUUUCCUCCGGGAGGUUCCUCCCGCUGACGACGACGACGCCGAAGAAGAGCUCAAGUACUUCGGCGUCUUCAACGCCGUCGCCGUUGUGAUGGCGCUUUAUCUGCUGGCGUAUGGAUUCAUCCCCAGCCCCAGCGCGUUGCUGUCUCGAGUGUUCGUGGCGAUUUUGGUGGUUAUGCUUGCUUCGCCGUUGGGGAUUCCAGUGUACUCGUUUUUGAAGGGACGGCACGGAGCGGCGGGGAAUGACGUGGAGGUGCAGCGAGUGAAGGAGCCGUUGCUUGAGGGGCGGGAGGUGGAGGCGGUGAUAGAGAAGAGGGCGCCGGUGGUGGGAGAGGAGCACACGAUCAUGGAGGCGGUUUCGAGCGUGGAUUUUUGGAUCUUGUUCGUGUCGUUUCUGUGUGGAGUGGGAACAGGUUUGGCGGUGAUGAACAAUAUGGGUCAAAUCGGGUUGGCGCUGGGAUACCCAGAUGUGUCGCUUUUCGUGUCGUUGACUAGCAUAUUUGGCUUUUUCGGACGCAUCAUCUCCGGUACCGUUUCCGAGUUCACCAUCAAGAAUGCUGCAACACCUAGACCUCUUUGGAAUGCAGCAUCUCAACUUCUAAUGGCUGUAGGAUACAUACUCCUGGCCAUGGCUAUGCCAGGUUCCCUAUACAUUGGGUCUAUUUUAGUUGGCAUAUGUUAUGGAGUUAGGCUUGCCAUUACAGUGCCAACAGCCUCAGAGUUAUUUGGACUUAAAUAUUAUGGUCUCAUCUACAAUAUUCUCAUCCUUAACCUUCCCCUGGGCUCUUUCCUUUUCUCUGGGCUGCUUGCUGGCAUACUGUAUGAUAUGGAAGCAACUACAAAUGAGGCAGGAGGCAACACCUGUGUUGGAGGACAUUGUUAUAGGCUAGUCUUCAUAGUCAUGACUGGAGCAUGUAUUGUUGGGUUCUUCUUAGACAUUCUAUUGGCAUUCAGAACCAAGAAUAUUUACAAGAAGAUUUCCAUGAGCAAGAAACCCAAGAAAUCCUUGGCAUCAUCAAAUAGCCAGUGAUUCUGAAUGGUAUAGCAUUCCUGGGAUUGAUGAAAUUUAUGCUCAAAUGAUAUCCCAAUAUCUGUCAGCAAGGAAAUCAUCCUAUCAGAUAGUUAACUCAUUUUUUCAAUAAAGACAGGCCAUUUAUUUUAAUUCCCUUUUGGCCUGUGUGUACUAUUAUUUUACUAUGAUGUGUUUGGAAUUAUUAGUGAGAAUUCUUUUUGUUUCAUAUGGAGAGACGUAUGUUUAGUUUCGUGAGGGUUUUUUGGUAGAUCAAAAAUAUUAUGCUCUUUGUAAGUUUGUUAUCCGGUGUUUUCUCGUAUUCUUCAAGUCAGUGUUAAUUGGUUAUUAGCGAUAGUCAUUGGUGUCUAAAGACCAAACUGCGAAAGUGGCCAUGUUAAGGUUGCAAUCUUUGGCAUUGUACCAUGUGUUAUAAGUUGUAUUGUAUUAGCAAUAUGUUGAAUGAAGGAGACAGCAGGUGCAAUAUUUGAUGC